AGUUGGCUAUGAGAACGUACCACGCUGCCGGUGCUGCGGCUGCGCUCUAUGCGGAGGUGCUGUUUGUGCUGUUUAACGCUUUAGUUGCUGCAGUGCCAGCCGGCCGGCUGCUGCUGCUAUUGGGACUUACAGAACAUCGGGUACUAUCAUGUCGGCCUGGCUCAGUCACUCGGCGCGGGCUACCACUAGACUGUGGCGGCCAGCUGGGCUCAGACUCUACUACACGGAACGCGGGGUGUACGGAUAUCGACCCAGAAAAAUCGGGACCACUGACAGCCACUUGCGGGGAGAGACGGGCGGCAGAGCAGUGGAUCAUGGUUUGGCACGACUGGUCACAGCUUACCAGGAGCAUGGUCACAAAGCUGCAAAAAUCAAUCCUCUCUUUCCUGGUAAACCAGUGGUGGAUAUGGUACCAGAAAUACAGAAGCUAACAGAAACACUUCAUGGACCUUUUUCUACGGCAGGAUUAUUAAAUAUUGGAAAGGAGGAAGCAACACUUGGAGAGGUCUUGGCUUACCUGGAUCGGAUUUACUGUGGAAAGAUUUCCAUUGAAACAAGUCAGUUACAAACCUUAGAAGAACAGGAAUGGUUUUCUAAAAGAUUUGAACAGCUGAAAGAAGAAACAUUUUCCACAGAAGAGAGGAAACAUUUGGCCAAACUUAUGCUUGAAUGUCAGGAAUUAGAUCGUUUUCUGGCCACCAAAUUUUCCACUGUAAAGCGUUAUGGAGGAGAGGGAGCAGAGAGCAUGAUGGGUUUCUUCCAUGAGAUGCUUAAAAUGUAUUCUUCCAGCAGUGUGACACAUGUGAUUAUAGGAAUGCCUCACAGGGGGAGACUCAAUCUCCUCACAGGGCUUCUUCAAUUUCCACCAAAGCUGAUGUUCCGUAAAAUGCGUGGCUUAAGUGAGUUCCCAGAAAGCUCCCUGGCUAUAGGUGAUGUUCUUUCCCACUUGACUUCCUCUGUAAAUUUGGAGUUUGGUUUUAUCAAGCCUCUACAUGUCACUAUGUUACCAAACCCUUCACACUUGGAAGCAAUUAACCCAGUUGCUGUUGGCAAAACUCGGGCUAGACAGCAGUCUUUAUUGGAUGGAGUUUAUUCAUUAGAUAGUACUGCACAACCUAGUGACAAGGUUGUAUGCCUUCAGGUGCAUGGUGAUGCUGCUUUUUGUGGUCAGGGUAUUGUUCCUGAAACCUUUACACUUUCAAAUCUACCUCAUUAUGAAAUUGGUGGCAGUAUUCAUUUGAUUGUAAACAAUCAAAUAGGAUUUACCACUCCCCCUGAUCGGAGUAGAUCCUCAGUAUAUAGUAGUGAUGUUGGUAAAAUCGUUAGUUGUGCUGUAGUUCAUGUUAAUGGAGAUGAUCCUGAGGAAGUUCUGCGAGCAACACGGCUAGCAGUUGAAUAUCAGAGGCUCUUUAGAAAAGAUGUGAUUGUAGAUUUAUUGUGCUACCGGCAAUGGGGCCAUAAUGAGCUGGAUGAACCAUUCUUUACUAAUCCUGGAAUAUACAACGUUAUCCGGUCCAGAAAAAGUAUCCCGGACUUAUACACUGAAUGUUUAAUAUCUGAAGGGCUAAUGACUGAAGAGGAAAGUAAAAAUAUAAAAACAUCCUAUUAUAACAAAUUGAAUGACCACCUUGCCAAUAUGACCUUGUAUACACCACCACCUACUAACCUUCAGGCUAACUGGAGUGAGAUGGUUGAACCGAGUGCUCGCAUCACGACAUGGGACACUGGUGUUCCUACAGAUUUGCUCAAGUUUAUUGGGGCCAAGUCAGUGGAAGUUCCUGAGGAAAUUCAAAUGCAUAGCCAUCUUCUGAAGAUGCACGCACAGUCAAGAAUACAGAAGCUGCAGGAAGGAACAAAGUUGGACUGGGCAACGGCUGAAGCAUUGGCCUUUGGCUCAUUGCUUUGUCAAGGCUUUCAUGUUCGAAUAAGUGGACAAGAUGUAGGACGCGGAACCUUCAGUCAAAGACAUGCCAUGGUGGUUUGUCAAGAGUCUAGUGACAUCAACAUUCCUCUCAACCAUAUAGCACCUGACCAGAAAGGUUUCCUGGAGGUUAGCAAUAGUGCGUUAUCGGAAGAAGCUGUCCUGGGAUUUGAAUAUGGCAUGAGUAUAGAAAGCCCCAAAUUACUGCCAAUUUGGGAGGCACAAUUUGGAGAUUUCUUCAAUGGCGCACAGAUAAUAUUUGACACUUUUAUUUCUGGAGGUGAGGCCAAGUGGCUGUUACAGAGUGGAAUUGUGAUUCUACUUCCCCAUGGCUAUGAUGGUGCUGGUCCAGAACACUCUUCCUGUCGCAUUGAACGCUUUCUACAGAUGUGUGAUAGUACAGAAGAGGGUGUAGAUGGAGAUACAGUAAAUAUGUGUGUAGUUCACUUAACAACCCCAGCGCAGUAUUUUCAUUUACUGCGCAGGCAAAUGAUCCGGAAUUUCAGAAAACCUCUGAUUGUGGCUGCACCAAAAAUGCUGAUCCGAUAUCCGGCUGCAGUUUCAAGCUUUGAAGAUAUGGCUCCAGGAACAACAUUUAGGCCUGUUAUUGGAGAGUCCAUUUCUGACCCUAAAUGUGUAAACACAGUCAUUAUUUGUUCUGGAAAACAUUACUAUGCUUUGGCUAAACAAAAAGAGACUCUAGGACAGCAAGGACAAAAAUUUGCUAUUAUUCGGAUAGAAGAACUAUGUCCAUUCCCAUUAGAAUCUCUCCAACAAGAGAUAAGCAAAUUUUCAAACGCUAAAGAUUUCGUAUGGAGCCAAGAAGAACCACAAAAUAUGGGGCCCUGGACUUUCGUUGCACCAAGGUUUGAAAAACAGUUGGGGUGCAAGUUGCGUCUCGUAAGCAGACCGGCUCUUCCUGCACCAGCAGUCGGUAUCAUGACUCUACACAAACAGCAGCAAGAAGAAAUUAUUCAGAAAACAUUUGCAAAUUUGGAAUAAAAGUAUUUUUUUUUUUUUUUUUUAGUCACUGGUUAAAUAGCUAUUUUUACUAGUUAAGUCUUACUUCAGUCAUCUCAGGACACGGAUAACGCUAAUAAAGAUUAGGUCUGCCAGCAGUAUUUAUUUAGUCACACUGUGAAAGGGCAUAAGAUACAGCUAUAUGUAUUUUAUCUGAGUAACCUCCAUGCAUGUCAAUCAGGUCUAUAUUUUGGCCUUUCACAAUGCAAACUUUGUAUUUUCCCUUGAGUGCAAGUUCCUUUUGCUCUGCUAAAAUACUUAGCGCCACUCAGCAUAUAUUAAAUUUCUCUUCCACCAGUA